AUGCAGAGCGCCGCCCCCGUUAAUCCGGACCGUAGAGUUUUACCUCCUGGGUGGACAGAAGGAUACAAUGCACAGAAAGAUACUUGGUAUUAUGUUCAAACCAAUGUUGUCCCUGCUCGGAUCUCAUACUUUCAUCCUUCAACGGAAUAUUACGCGGAAACUAAUCGGGUAGCAGUAGAUGAGGCAGGACCGAGUUCUUCUUCAAAUUUCUAUGUGCAGCAAGCCUCAUCGUCGUCGUCAAAGUUGCAAGGGCGCAAUGAAAAAUCCGAUUGGAAACCUGACCAAAAAGAUCCCAUGUUCUUCAAUAAUAAUGCAGGUCCAAUUGCAUCUUCCUCUUCCUCCUCCGGGCCCUCGACAGGUCCUGCUCCUUCUACCUCGUAUUCACCAUCAAGCAUCGGUCAUUUGCCGCCUGAUCCGACAUCGUCUGUCGAUCCAUCAUCGCCUCCACAGUAUUCAAUCUAUUCUGAAUCGUCAGACGAACAUAGUACACUUUCCGCUGUCGUCGCUCCUGGGCCUGGGUCUGAUAGUAGUAGUUCACCAGGGGGAACUACCACAGCUAACGUGGUGUCGCCUCCGGAAUACCAUAAUCCUUCUUUUCUGAGCUCUCCCCCUCCUGCUUCUUCUCCUGCUCCACCACCACCGCCUUCUUCCAGUCUACCUGUCACUCAGAUGGUUGGACCACCGUCAUCUCAACCAGUGCCGCCAGAAAACCAUCCACAACCCUUUCCUUCUACCCCUCAUACGAGCAAUACAACCAAUACAGUCAAUGUCAACUCCCUGCCAGCACCUCGUCCGGACUCUACGGGUAUGAAUUUGAACCCUCAUGCUCAUGUCCCGGGAAUGCAUUUGGUCGAUCGCCCAUCACAGGCACCCGUCGGCGUGUCUUCCCCUUCUCUCCCUCCUCAUCCUCCCAUUCCUCAGCCUACUUCAGCUCCAGUGACUACCACCACUGCACCACCACCCCCUAAUGUGCCCGUGCCUACUUCCAAUGCCCCCACUCCCGCGCCCGCCACCGCUGGCCACGAAGGACUGACCCUAGCGCAAAGGCUGUACGCGAGCGCCUUUUCUUCACGUCCAUCAACGACCGGAGGACCAUCCGGUGGUCGCAUCUCCACAUCAUCCCCGAACAUACAUCUCCCCAUAGAUUCUCAUAGCCACAUGCCCCCUACAGUUUCCUUGGCUGCUGUCUCUGCCGAAGCCUAUAACAAUACUAAUAUUUCGAAUAAUAGACCCAAUGCAGCUAUCGCAAACUCGUUUUAUAAGACUGGGGUGUUGCAGAAUCUACAAUCUCAGAAUCAACCGAUUCAGCAGCAUCGCCCACAAGUUCGCCCACAAUCGCAGAAGAUCGAGCAUUACAAUUCUUCUGGUAGUGCUGGUAGACCAGUGUCUAAGCCCACGACGGUACCGAGUGUUACUCUGGUAGCACGUCCUCCGAGUCAGACUUCAGGUCCUAUAGGGCUUUCGAAUCCACAUCCAACCACAGCGUCGAUGAAUUCACACUCUGCCGUCGCUAACGGUCCUGCAUCACAAUCUGCAACGACGUCAAAUACUGCCAUGCAGGGACAGAUAGGUGUUUCUGGGAUUCAGUCCCCUCCGACUUCGAUUACUAGUGUACCCGGAGCGCCUUCUGUACCUGCUCGUCCUCCUUUGGCUGUAGGUACAAGUGGAAACUUGAGCAACAACAAUAAUAAUAGCAAUACGUUGAAUGCUCCUCCACCCACAGCCAAUCUCCCAACGUCGUCAACACUGCCCCAGCAUUUUGUGGUACAAAACCCCAAUGUGCAUGCGCAAAAUCAAAGUGGAAAUGGGAAUUUCAAUGCUCCUCAGACAGGGUCGAUGGCGGAUCUACCUAGUCCUCCACCUCAGGUCAAUUCUCAUGUAUCUGUGAAUAAUCCACUCCCGCCAGUUCCUCCUUCUGGCGCUGGUGUUGCUUCGAUGCAUAGCUCGCCUGUAUCAUUAGGACAUGGACCACAGUCUUCUAUCUCGUCCCAGACUCAUUCACCACCGCCACCAUCACAUUCUGCGACUUCGACUUUGCCAGCUCAUGCGCCGCAGUUUACUACAAGUCCUCCGAUGUAUUCCACAUCGCCUGUCGCGAACGUCCAAAGUUCAGCUCAAUCUCAAUCUGUCCCUACAUUUAUAUCGAGCCCAGGUACAGUUUCUCCUACUGGGUAUUCACCUGGCUCCGUUCCACAGCCAUCUUCCCCUCCUUCUUUACCUCAACGCCCUCCUCAACGCCCGCCUCAACGUCCUCCCCAACACCCAUCUUACACCCUCCCGAUGGUUCCCACGACUCAUAACCCCCGACCACCUCGACCGAAUUCCACCUCCUUUUCUUUCGGGUCAACCUCCGCUACUUUAUCGAAUACUGGCAACAUGCUUGCCAAUUUCGGUAAAGCCGCAGGCCGCGUCGCUGGCCGAGCUGCUCUGCGUUACGCGGGGCGUCUAGCCAUCGGCAGUGUCCUCGGGACAAACCCUACUCUCCUCUCCGGUCUUUCCGGUGGAGGGUUAUUCGAUAAUAGUUCCUUGGAUAUGCUUAAUUCCAGCCUCGCGAAUCUCGAUGUUACAUCGAUUGGUGUGGAUAUGUCCCAAUUCCAAGCUGCGUUCCAGGGUGUUCCGGGGACUGAUUAUCAGGGGAUUAUUGAUUCGAUAGGGCAGCAGCAGCAGACAAGUCCGACUCCUGGGGUGAAUUAUCAUGCGAUUAUUGGGGCGUUGACGAAGAUACAGCAUGCGGCGGUGCAGGCGCAGAAUCAGAAUCAUCCGCAAGCACAUCCUGCUGCUCAUGUUCAUAGUAAUGCUAAUGUUGGUGCGGCUAAUAAUUAUCAAGCGAUUGUGAAUGCACAGGCACAGCAAAUCCAUCAGAUGCAAGCAAUGAUGAAUUCGUUGAGUAUGCAGCAACAUGGACAGCAGAUGCAGAAUAUUAACAUGCAUUCGGGACAAACGAUGAAUCAUAAUCCAGCGCACCAACCUCCCAGACCACCACAACAAACGCAGUCUCAGUCUCUGAUGCAAACUCAUUUGCCAACUCCCUUGCAUACCCAGACUCCGUUCCUGUCGCACGGACAAGCCCACCCUAAUCAGGCAGCUCAAUCCGUUCAUACCUCCCCUCAUUCUGCACCUUCUUUCCCGACUGCUCACGGUAACAGCGCCGCAGCAACUCCUUACCAUCCUCAGUCCGUCCACACUGUUCCUUCUAGUAACUAUGGGCCGGCCUCGUCUCCGCCGCCACCACUUCCAUCAGUAUAUUCUACUAAUGUUCCUCCGCCGUCUCAACAACAGUCGUACACGGGGGGACCGAACACUACGAGUCCACAGGCACUGCCAGCUCAUCUACCUCCUAUUCAAAACACUUCCAGUCCUGCAAACCCCUCGCUUACUACGAUGUUAGGCACAGUUGGUCAUGGAUUGAUGAACGCGAUGCAUCAGUCCCCUCAGUCGUCACAUGUGCAAAACAGUUCUUCUCCGGGUCAUCCUAAUCAACAUCAGCAUGCGCAUACGCAACAGCAGCAACAAUUCCAUGCUCAACAAUCUGGUAGCUCCGCUCACCAUGUUAAUAUCAAUGGCGGAAAUUCUGGAAGCGAAUCCAGUACUGGUGGUUCUGGUGGGCCGUCGAUGUUGAGUACUGUGGGUCAUGAAGCUUUGAACCUUUGGCAUCAUCACCAGCAGCACGAGCAUCAGCAACAGGCGCCACAACAGGAUUCGCAAGCCUAUGGUGGUGAUAAUGACUCGAAUGGACAAACUUACGACACGAGUUUGUUAAACGGUGGGAACCCGUACAGCGAUGGGAGUUCGUACAACGACGGAAAUCAAACACAACUAAAUUACGACGCUCCACCAGACUUUUACACCAUGAAUAAUUCUUUUGGACCUAACCCAUCUCAGGAUCAGAAUGUCGAUAUGUCCGACAACGGAUUUGACCUGAACAAUGGAUUUGUCAAUGGGGACGAAUUUCCGGGGGCUAUGUUUCCAACAGACCUAAACGCCAAUCAGUUUGACUUCACUGACGGAACUGCGGGGACGUACGAGUACACUUCGUACACGAGCGAUGACCAGAACCAAAGUCAGACCUUUGGCUUUGGUACUGAUGGUCAAGGUGGGAUGGUUGGGUUUGAUAGUACCAGUUUUGGUGAUCCUGGGACAGGAGACAUUUAUCAAAAUACAGACACAACGUUUUCUAAUGGAGGGUUUAUGGAUUCCGUUGAUACCACCGAUGUCUUCGAUAACUCAGGGGAUUUGUUGUUCUCUUCGACAAACGAGACCGUGUUUAUGACUUGA